AUGUCUGCACAGCGAGCAAAGCAGGCCAUCUCGGGCGCCUAUGCCCAGUUUGCCAACGACAAGGCCGCGGUCGAGUCUCUCCAGGCCAAGUCCGACCUCUCCCUGGUCGAGCUCACCAAGCAGUUCGCCGCGCUCACCGCGAAGAGCUCCCAGAUCUUUGGCGCUGAUGCCCAGUCCGAGAAAAAGUCGCUCAAAUGGCUCUCCAGACUCGACUCGACCUCCGAGGACCAGCUGACCUCGGCCGACAGCCUCAAGGCCCUCGACCAGGAGCUCGCCAGCCAGACGUUUGUCGCCUCCAACCAGCCCACCGCCGCCGACCUCGCCCUCUUUGCCGCCCUCUACCCCACCGUCUCCAAGCUCGCAGCUGCCGAUCAGCACGCCCACCCUUCUCUUGUCCGCUACGUCUCGCACAUCUCCAAUCUUCCGGCCUCGGCCCAGCUCGGGUUCGCUCCGUUUGAGCCGGCCUACGACGGCAUGCCCCAGAUCGAGAGGAAGAAGCCCGAGGACCUUAAGAAGGAGAAGCAGAAGAACAAGGAGGCUGCCAAGCAGUCGCAGCAGCAGGUUCCCGCCGAUGUCAAGGCCCCCGCUGCCCCCGCCGCCGCCGCCGCUGGUGGUGCCGCCGCUGCCGAGGGCAAGGCCGGCAAGAAGGAGAAGAAGGAAAAGGCGCCCAAGGAGGCAAAGGCCGGUGGAGGCGGCGGAGGCGGCAAGAAGGGCGCGCCCGUCGAGCUCGGACCGCCGCAGCCCUCGAUGGUCGACCUCCGCGUGGGCAAGAUUGUCAACAUCUCGAGGCACCCCGAUGCCGACUCGCUCUACCUCGAGCAGGUCGACUUUGGCGAGCCCGAGGGCCCGCGCCAGAUCCUCUCCGGCCUGGUCAAGUACGUCCCCAUCGAGAAGAUGGAGAACAGGAUGGUCAUUGGCGUCUGCAACCUCAAGCCCGCCAGCAUGAGGGGCAUCAAGUCGUACGGCAUGCUGCUGUGCGCCUCGACAAAGGGCACCGCCAACGAGGCCGUCGAGCCCGUCUCGCCGCCCGAGGGCUCCAAGCCCGGCGACCGCGUCUACGUCGAGGGAUUCGAGGGCAUCGAGCCCGAGGCCGUUCUCAACCCCAAGAAGAAGAUCUUUGAGACGAUCCAGCCUGGCUAUACGACCACCGCCGACCGACAGGCUGCGUGGGUUGGGCCGCUGCCAGGCGCCGCCGACCCCGAGGCCGACAAGAAGGUCCGACUGCUGCGGACCUCGAGCGGUGUCUGCUACGCCGAGACCCUCGCCCACGCCGCCCUUUCGUAG